GAUGUUUUGACCAUGGACAAUCUGUCAGGUUGUCAUACUGCCAUAGUGACGGAGUGACCCCAUGUUUAGCGCAGAAUUUAGAGGUUAGACUGGUUAUUACGAAAGUUUGUUAUGUUUUUAUUUUCGUUGGUGACUUAAAAUGUCUUCGGCCUUAGUUCGCCAGGCUCUCGCAUUUGUGGAUCCUGAAGAAAACAUUGGUAAAGGAAAGAAACGUCGUGAGAACCCUAGUCGGCACCAGAGCACAGGUCAAGUUUCCAGUCAUCCAUACAAGCAAAAGAGUAAAAAACAAAAGCAACAGCAAGUAGAUAAAUCAAAGGAGCAAAUAACAGAAGAAAACGUCCAGAAACUCCUUAAAUUAUCCACACCAACUGCUAACAAAGAAGUGGCACAAAAGAUCCUAGAGCGAGCAGUCAAAGGCAAGCCUCUCGUCGAACACAUUGAAGAGAAAGUCGACGACGGGAAAUCGAUUCUAUUCCCCAACGAGCCCUUCCACAAAUUUGAAGAGAGUUAUUUUUGCAGCUAAAUCUCAACUUGAGACACAAAAUAAUUAUUUGGAAGAAUAUUACUGUAUUGAAAAAAAAAAUUAUAGUACAACUCAAAGAUAAAAGACUUCAAAGCUUUGUGUAUUUAUUAACAAGCUGUAAAUUUUGUAAACUCAAAGCUUGUAAAAGUAAAGAAAUGUUAAUGUGUAUAUUCUAAGACGAGUGCCUUUAUGGACAUACCCGAUGCAAUUUUGGGCAAACUUACUCUGGUGACGACAAUAACUGUCUACUUGGUCUUCAUCUUUUGGGUCAAUUCCUAUCCUUUUAUUGACGAAGAUCUGACAAUAUUCAAAUACAUUCCUAACCCACAGUGGGCCUUACUAGGUUGUGCCGUUUGGGGAUUCUUUUUCAUCGGAGGUCUGAUGUCGUUCACUCUCUACCACAUCUAUCCGCACUUAUAACUCGAAAUCAUCAAAAUAAUCUAAAGGAAGCAGAAAUGAACGAUUACAUUGUCAUAGGUGUAUCUGGUGUCACGUGUGGGGGAAAAACCACUUUGGCAAAUAAAUUGAAAGAUAUAUUAACACCAGUAUAUGUCUUCCAUCAAGAUAGAUAUUUCUAUCCGGACGACAGCCCAAAACAUGUGAAAUGUGAAGGAAUGGAUCACAACAAUUACGAUAUCCUGUCGUCACUGGACAUGCAAUUGAUGUUCGAUGACAUCACACAAACAAUGAAAGGUGUAAAUAAAUCACACGUGCAAAACUUGGAGCAUGGUGCGGGGAAGUAUGGGAUUAGGGGGAAAAAGUUUAUAAUAAUAGAAGGGUUCACGGUGUUGAAUUACAAGCCUAUUAUGGAAAUUUGUGAUUUAAGAUACUACUUUGUGCUGGAGUACGGCGAGUGCGCGGCGCGCCGCUGUCUCCGGCUCUACGACCCGCCCGACGUGCACGGCUACUUCGAGCGCUGCGUGUGGCCCGAGCACCUCAAGUACAGAGCGGAGAUAGAAAAGGAUAGUCGUGUCAAUAUUAUAGAUGGUACGAGGCACGACGCCCUCGACAUCGUCGUCGCGGACCUCAAGAAAAUGGGCGCUGUUCAGAUUUGAAAUGAACGUUAUUUUUUUUUUUUACUUUUACGGUCAUUGUGAACACUUUUCACACACAGAACUUACCGCGUUUGUUAAAUCAGAUUAUUAUCGUUGCAAUAUUUAAUUGACAUUUAUAAAAAAAGAUGUUUAAAUUAAAUAAUUUAAAUGUGUAUAAGUCUAUUUUAUAAGUUCUGUCUUAAACAGUAUACGAAUGUCUAACUUAUAACAGAGUAUGAGAAACCGAUCUAGAAUGUAAUGUUGGGUAAAUGAAAAUGAAAAUUCACAAAAGUCAAUAAUGAAAUUGAUAUUAUUUGCUGGUAAUAUUUUUCACGUGUUUCAAAGGCUUGUAAACACUGAAAAACCAAUUAUAUUUAAUUGUUUUAUAAGUUGUAAUGUUUUGUGAGUAAAUUUUCGAGCACUGAAUUUUUAUAUUGUUAUUCAUACGGUGCUUGUUAUUACGCUGCCUUGUAAUAUAUUUUAUAAAUUCA